AUGGGAGCUGAAUACAUUGUCUUUGGACGUUCCAUCCCCACCUACAAGUUGGCUCUUGCCACCUACGCUGCCGUUGCCGCCCCCAUCAUCCUCAUGAAGGCCGGCAAGAAGGAGGCCCCCGUCAACGCCAUCCACGCUGCUUCCCAGGAUGAGGAGGCCUUCAUCCGCGAGUUCAUUAAGGCCGCUGAGGAGGAGCAGCCCAAGAACGUUUAA